GUAUCGCCGUUUGACCCCGGAAGUGUUGGUUCCGUGGAAGCUGUCACCGUGUACGGCGGCUGCACGUCGCGGGUGUGGAGCCGGGAGGAGGGUCACGCAGCACAAUGCCAGCUCUGCCUUUGGAUCAACUCCAGAUCACCCACAAAGACCCGAAGACAGGAAAGCCGAGGACUUCACCAGCGCUGCACCCUGAGCAGAAGGCAGACCGGUAUUUUGUGUUAUACAAACCGCCCCCUAAAGACAACAUUCCCGCCCUAGUGGAGGAGUACCUGGAACGCGCCACCUUCGUAGCCAAUGACCUCGACUGGCUCCUGGCCUUGCCUCACGAUAAAUUCUGGUGCCAGGUUGUUUUUGAUGAGACCCUGCAGAAGUGCCUGGACUCCUACCUGCGCUAUGUGCCCCGAAAGUUCGAUGAGUGGGUGGCCCCGACCCCUGAGGUGGCCGACAUGCAGAAGCACCUACACCGGAGCAUUUUCCUCACCUUCCUCCGAAUGUCCACUCACAAGGAGUCCAAAGAUCACUUCAUUUCUCCGUCUGCAUUUGGAGAAAUCCUCUACAAUAACUUCCUCUUUGACAUCCCAAAGAUCCUGGACCUCUGUGUGCUCUUUGGAAAAGGCAACUCACCACUGCUCCAGAAAAUGAUAGGAAACAUAUUUAUCCAGCAGCCAAGUUAUUAUAGUGACCUGGAUGAAACCAUUCCCACCAUACUUCAGGUCUUCAGCAAUAUCCUCCAGCACUGUGGCUUGCAAGGGGAUGGGACCAGCACCACACCCCAGAAACUCGGGGAGAAGGGUCGGUUGACCCCCAGUGACAUGCCUCUCUUGGAAUUAAAGGACAUUGUUCUCUACCUAUGUGAUACCUGCACCACACUCUGGGCCUUUCUGGAUAUCUUCCCUUUGGCCUGCCAAACCUUCCAGAAACAUGACUUUUGUUACAGACUAGCUUCCUUUUAUGAGAUGGCAAUUCCUGAAAUGGAGACUGCAAUUAAGAAGAGGAGGCUUGAAGACAGCAAGCUGCUAGGUGACAUGUGGCAGAGGCUCUCCCAUUCCAAGAAGAAGCUAAUAGAGGUGUUUCACAUCAUCCUGAACCAGAUCUGCCUCCUUCCCAUUCUAGAGAGCAGCAGUGACAACAUUCAAGGCUUCAUUGAAGAAUUCCUUCAGAUCUUCAGCUCCUUGCUGCAGGAAAAGAGAUUCCUCCGGGACUAUGACUCAUUCUUCCCCGUAGCCGAAGACAUCAGCCUGCUCCAGCAGGCUUCAUCAGCCUUGGAUGAGACCCGGACUGCCUACAUCCUACAGGCUGUGGAAGGUGCAUGGGAAGGGGUGGACAGACAGAAAAUCAAGGACAUUAAAGACCCAUCAGGGGCCAAGGAUUCUAAUAAUGAAGUCACCAUGACAGCGAAGCCAGUCAGUGAAAUGCCGUCACAGCUGGAGAACUCAGAGGAAGAUGAGGAGUGCAUGGGUGCAGCAGCUGCCCCGGGCCCAACCGUGUGUGGUGUGGAACUAGACUCCCUUAUCUCCCAAGUGAAAGACCUGCUGCCAGACCUCGGGGAGGGCUUUAUCCUGGCCUGCCUGGAACACUACAGCUAUGAUUCAGAGCAGGUGAUCAACAACCUCCUGGAGGAUCGGCUGGCCCCUGAACUCAGCCAGCUGGACCGCAGCCUAGAAAGACAAGUGAAGCCGGACCCUACACCCCUGCUGACAUCUCGUCACAACGUCUUCCAGAACGACGAGUUUGACGUGUUCAGCAGGGACUCGGUGGACCUGAGCAGAGUGCACAAGGGCAGGAGGAAGGAGGAGAACGUGAGGAGCCUGGUGAACGACAAGCGGGCUGUGGAGGCACAGCGGCAUCGCUACCAGCAGUACAGUGUGGUCGUGGAGGAGGUCCCCCUGCAGCCGGGAGAAUACCAGGUCGAUGACUACGAGGACGAGUAUGAUGACACGUAUGACGGCAACCAGGUGGGCGCCAACGAUGCAGACUCUGACGAUGAGCUCAUCAGCCGCAGGCCCUUCACCAUCCCUCAGGUGCUGAGAACCAGAGCGCCUGGAGAAGGACAGGAGGAAGAAGAUGAUGAAGUGGAGGAGGUUGAAGAGGAGGCCCCCAAGCUGGACCAUUUCAUCCAGGAUCCUGCAGUGCUGAGAGAAAAGGCCGAAGCCAGGCGCAUGACCUUCCUCGCCAGGAAGGGGUACCGGCCUGAGAAUUCUGCAGCAGUGACGGGCAGCCCCCGGGGCCAUGGGCAAAGCCGAGAAACCACCCAGGAGCGCAGGAAGAAAGAAGCUAAGAAGGCAACCAGAGCCAACCACAGCCGUAGAACCAUGGCUGACCGGAAGAGAAACAAAGGCAUGAUCCCGUCCUGAGGCCACAAAGCUGCCUGGGUGAGGGAGUCCCCUUAAGGCCACCACCAUACCUCACCUUCCAGCCAGCGGUGAGCGCCUUCUUGUCGAACACAAAGUGCCUUAUCCCUUGGUGCAGGAACCCAGUGCCAUCAAGCAGGCUGUCUCCCAGCUGGGCUGGUGCAAAAGGAUGGGGCUGCAAAAGGAAGGUGUCUUUAUCUUGUGCAACAAGACACCAUCUCACGGAGUCCUGGAUGGCAGGAGACCUGUGUAUUCAGAAGCAGCAACAAGCCCAUGAAUAAAGUCUCUGACCUUCCACGGUGUCCAUGACAGGCUCCAGCCCUUUCCCUCCGUCAUUCCUCAGCGACACCGCCACCCGAAAGACAAGAAGGCACAGUGCUCCCCCUUCGUUCUGUCUGUUGACUCCGUGCAUCUCCUCAGUGCUCUUCCUUGCUGGUGUGGCCUUUUCUCUGUGCCUGUGGAAGGAAGUCACCAGUGGGAGACCUAAGGUCCCUUCUGCUGCUACCUCAUGCACCUCCUCCCCAGGAGGUGGCGCUGUUUCCAGUUCACAGUACAGACUGGGGAGGUGAGCCGUGGAGGGCUGAGUGUGCUCCUAGGCCGCAGGCAGGCAGUGGCAGAGCAGGUCUUAGAAACUCCGUCCGAUCCCUGGCUGUACAGGUUACAGAUCCAUGUAGAUGAUGUCAACCCCUGUGUCACAGCUGGAACAAGGACACUUAGCUGGUUACAGAGCCUCGUAGUUAUAAACAUACUGUUAGCCCCAACCCUCCCAAAUCUAGAGAUUGGAAGCUACUGAAAAGAAGUGAAGGUAUUCUUUCUGCCAAGCCCUGCUGAAUCCAGUGGGACUUGGCUGGUUUCCAGGGCCCUGUGCAGGUGCGGUCCACUCUGCAGUGGCUAUCAGCUGACAGGCCCCCUGGGUGUUAACUGGUGUGCAGGGGAGCCACAGUGAGGUCUUUGCUGCGCUGACCCUGACCCAGCAGAGCCUGGAGUCUUUUUUAACACUAAUAACAUGAAAGAGCCACCCAUGCACCCUUGCAUCGAUGUUGUGUACAUGUUAUUUGCACAAGGAAGGAUCCUGGAGUCUUAUCUGCAGACCUUUGGAUGCCAGGGACAUUGAUUUGAUUGCAGUUAGGACGAACGGGCAGACAGACACUUGAUGAAUUAUUUUGUUAGGCCAGCCGGCACAAGUGAAAAUCAAUGGCAGUCCCUGUGCCUUGCUGACCUAGGGGGGAGCAUUUGAGAUGCAGAGUGGGUAUGGGGUGGUGUCUUUCCCCAAGGGAUGCUGAAUUAGCUGAGAUCUGGCAGAGUUAGCCAUUCUGACAGACAGCAGGAAACAGUUUCCUCCUGGAAGCACUUACCAGUGGCCCAGCUCAGUGGCAGGGUCAUUUCUCCCUGACUGAGCUCAGACCGAGCUGCCGUCAACAAGGCAAAUGGGCUUUUGGAGCUUUGCCUGCUGCUGCUCCCUGCAGCCACCUAGAGCAGCGCCCAGGUUUCCUGGGAGCAGUUUGCCUGAAAGAACAGACCAUCACCAUCUUUCUGUUUCCCAGCAUGGCAGGCCAGAUCAAACAGUCCCCCAAGGAGCAGCAUGUUGCUUGCACCUGCACGUCAGGACAGCCUUUCGUGGCACUUUGACACCAGUCUGGAGCACUCCUGUCCCCCUUCCCCUCGGCCUGAAUGAGGGCACUGGACCAGAUGAAUGGCACUGUUUGAUGCUGGUGUCCCCAGAGAUGGAGACUGACUGUUGCUCAGUGGUGGAGCACUUACCUAACAUGCACAAGGUUUUCCCCCUGUACUACAUACACAAAAGAAGUCCCCAAGGGGAGAGAUUCCAAGUUUAAGAUUGGCAGCCCAAGAAUGUUGGGUGGGUGUGGGUGGGCCUUUUGGUCCCUGUCCCCACCCCCGUCCCCGCUGCUCUCCUAUUCGGGUAUUUUCUAAGUGCCUUUCCUGUGCCCUACAGCGAGUGUGACCAUCAUAGAUGUUUCUGUGACCACCAGAGAUGUUUCUGGAGAAACUUAAAACCUUGAAAGGACACAAGACUCAAGUGUCUUUAAUAGUCUGUGAAUGGCUGUAAGAGCUUCUGUGCCCUGGGAGGCAAAAGCAGAGCUGGAUUAUAAGAGACCUAAGAGCGUGUGGAAAGGGGCAGAGCAAGGAAUCUGCACAUAGGGACUUAGUCGUGGCUGCAUGUCCUUGCCAGCUUGCUUCAGCUGCAGCGUGGAGGAGAAAACAGUUGGCGCAAGUCUGCAUGUCACUGCCCCUCCAGGAGCCCAGAGUCAAUAAUAUGAACAGAAAAACAAACUCAGAAUCAACCAGAGUUAGACAUGGUGGCACACAUUUAUUUCUUGGGAGGUAGAGGCAGAGUUCAAGGUUAGCCCAAGCUACAUGUGACUCUGUUCAUAAAUGGAUAAAAACUAAAUCUGAAGAACAAACUUAAAAGCAGACUCCGUGGACAUAGUGUCAAGCAUUGUUUGUGAGAAUGUUAAAACUCCUUUUGCACACUGACCAAAUGUGGACGGGAAUGCUGGUGAUGCUGGUAGCGGCCAUGAUUACUUCUAUUGGGAAUAAACACAUUUCCUGAGCCUCACUCAGGCCAGAGUU